AUGGUUGCAAAAACUGUGUUUUUACCCGAGUUUCUUAUCAAGAGAAGGGGGUUGUUUAUUGAAAAGAACUUUGUCAAAUGUUUUGCAUAUUUGAGAAAAUUUGAUGGGAUACCAAUAACUGGAGGCCUACUCCUGCCAGUGGAGAGCCCACCAUGGGAUACAGGUGAUUGGAGAACCAGUUGCAGCCUGAUUCACGACAAAAGAAUUGUCAACAAGAUAAUGGACACAUUGAAGAGGCACCUUCCAUUUUCUGGCCAAGAGGGUUUAAAUGAACUCAGGAAAAUCGCAGUAAGGUUCGAGGAAAAGAUUUUUACAGCAGCAAACAGCCAGUCUGAUUAUCUAAGGAGAAUAUCCUUGAAGAUGCUUACUAUGGAGAACAAGUCUGAGAAUACCAUACCCAACACUGGGAAUAACAGCAAGGCCCCUGAUCCAGGUAAUUGCAGGAAACAGCAUUUUGCUUUGAUGUAAUCUAGAAGGAGGACAUUUUCCAUUUACAUGUCCUUUCUGUUCUUUAACAUGAAGAGUUGUUUAACUUGCAACAUUUAUGCACAUAUUCUUUCUGCAGCUAUUUGAAUGAAAAUUACCUAUAUUUUAACUCUUUUGUCCCCUUAACAAAGCGUGGUUGUUUUGGUGGGUUGGAGUUGUUUAAGGGAUAGAUUUGAUAAGCACCCA